AACACUUGUCGUUGGAAAAGAAGACUUCUGCACCUUCAGAGUCAUGACAUUGACAAUGGAAGUUCUGUGUUGGAUGUUGACGCUCGUUGGAGCAUCUACACUUGUUACAGGGUUUAGCACUAUGGCUACAACUGGAUCCCACCGAGAUAAAGCUUGUAACCCUCGAAUGGGAAAUUUAGCUAUUGGCCGGCACCUAUGGACAGAUACCACUUGUGGCAUUAAUGGUACAGAACUGUAUUGUAUGUAUAAUCAGAAUCUACAUGGAACUUGCUCAGAGCCAAAAUGUGACAAGUGCAAUGCUGUUGUGCCCCGAUUCUCACACUCUGCCUCUGCAAUGGCAGACUCCACUUUUAAAAUGCCACGCACUUGGUGGCAGUCAGCCAGGGACACGCAGAGGGAAAUCAUACAACUGAAUCUGGAAUCUUCCUUUUAUUUUACUCAUCUGAUCAUGGUGUUCAAGUCCCCUAGACCUGCAGCUAUGAUUCUGGAGAGGUCCCAGGACUUUGGCCUCACAUGGCGUCCAUAUAAAUACUUUGCUACAAACUGUACAACAACCUUUCAAAUGGAGGAUGAUGUUCAUGAGAAAGAAUCUCUUUGUACAUCACGAUAUUCACAUGUUCUUCCAUGCAGUGGAGGGGAGGUUAUUUUCCGAGCUAUGCCACCUUACUAUUCAGCGAUGGAUCCUUACAGUUUAGAAGCACAAGACAAACUGAAGAUCACUAAUCUCCGUGUUCAGCUUCUGAAGCAACAGCUGUGUCCCUGCCACAACAAGGACUCAGACAUCAAACCGCAGUCUUUAGCCCACUAUGCUGUUUAUGACUUUAUAGUUAAGGGAAGCUGCUUUUGCAAUGGACACGCAGAUCAUUGCGUUCCAACUGAUGGAUUUCGACAAGUCCGGACAACCAGCAAACUCCAGGUGGUCCAUGGGCGAUGUAUCUGCAAGCAUCACACAACAGGUCCUCACUGUGAGCUGUGUGGUCUCCUUUAUAAUGACCAGCCUUGGAAAGCAGCAAAUGGAAAAACAGGGGAGCCUAACAUGUGCAGAAAGUGUAAAUGCAAUGAGCAUGCUGACAGUUGCCACUUUGACUUUGAUGUAUGGCUGGCAUCAGGGAACCGUAGUGGAGGAGUUUGUGAUAACUGCCAGCAUAAUACUGAAGGUAUUAACUGCCAGAGAUGCAAGCCUGGUUUCUUCCGUGACUGGAAUGUACAAUUUUCUGCCCAAGAGGCCUGCAAAGCAUGUUCCUGUCACCCAGUUGGUUCAGCAAAGCUUCCCUCUACCACCUUUACAACCUGUGAUCUUCAGAAUGGAGACUGUCCUUGCAAACCUGGUGUAGCCGGGCCUAGCUGUGACCGAUGUAUGGUGGGAUACUGGGGGUUUGGUGACUAUGGCUGCAGACCAUGUGAUUGUGCUGGAAAUUGUGAUCCCUUUACAGGAGACUGUAUGAACAACAUGGAAAUAGACUGGUAUCGUGAAAUUCCUGAAUACCUCUCUGUGUUUAAUGAGAGUGGACAGGCCUGGGAAUGGGAAGAUGAACAGGGAUUUUCAGCCCUUCGUCACUCAGGAAAAUGUCAAUGCAAGGAGCAAGCAUUAGGAAACCCAAAAGUGUUCUGUGGAAUGAAAUACUCCUAUGUGCUGAAAAUAAAGAUACUCUCAGCCCAUGAUAGGGGGUCUCAUGCUGAAGUGAAUGUGAAGAUUAAAAAGGUUUUGAAAAUGACCAAGUUAAAGAUCCUAAAAGGAAAGAGGACUCUGUAUCCAGAAUCAUGGACAAACCGUGGCUGCACUUGUCCUAUCCUAAACCCAGGUCUGGAAUACCUGGUUGCAGGAUAUGAAGAUGUCCGCACUGGUCGUCUCAUUGUCAAUAUGAAAAGUUUUGUCCAUCCAUGGAAACCUGCCCUAGGCAAGAAAGUAAUGGAGAUUCUUAAAAAUUAUUGCAUAUGAGGAGAGAAAACAGAGCACUAAAAACAGGAAAUUAAAGGAGCCAUCUGGAGGUCAAAGUUGAAAUAUUACAGUGGACAGGGGGGAGACUGCAAAGCACAUAAAAAAAGGUCAAGCACUUGUGAUGAUAUAAUUCUUCAUCUGGCUAUUUUACAAGACAUAUACAUUCGCUUUGCUGCCAGAUAGAACUUCUUAAGGACGAUUCACCUCCACUUUGUCACAGUGUUUCGAUGGUGUUGUGAUGAUAUAAAACAAUAUGUGUCAUAUGGCCACUUGUGCAAGGUGAAUUCUCUACUGUCAAUUUAUAUUACUGAAGGUACAAGAGAACAAAAAUACAGACUUUUGACAUUCAGGAAGUGUUGCAAAUAGCCUCCUUGAAAUGUGGCCAAGGCCACCUGAUGGAUUCUUCAUAGGAGUAAUUGAAAUAUCCAGCAGGAGAUGGGGGUGGAGCUAGGAUACUCCCCACAAGAACCUCCUUAAAUUGUAAAUAUUAUGUUCUACAAAGCACUUUACUAAUUGUUCAUGCCUAUUGCAAACAUUUCCUUUUUGCUUUUCUAUUUUUUAAACAGGACAAUGGGGUUUAGUAAGCUUUAGAACUGAACCCACACUAUAGACACCUUAAAAUGACUGUAUUUUACGUGUUUUUAUAUUAUUUGUUGUCUUCAAAAGAUUUAUUUAUGAUGAAAAGCCAUUUCAUGAUACAAGACAUACAAUUAAAAAUGUGGAUCUUUA